GCUGAUCCUCCAGGGACUCGAUUAACUUUCACUGUGGUUGUUAGUUUUCAUCCAAAUUUUAUAAGUUUUUUUUACUUUCUAGAAAAUUUCCUAGAAAUUUUCAAAAAAAAAUUAUUUAUUUUUUCUUAUUUUUUACAUAACUCGUGUUGAUCGUGCCUACAACAUUCAAUGUGCCUAUCAGGAGCCUGAAAGGACAUUAAGUGCACAAAUUGAUGUUAGUCCCCCUCCAGUCAUCUCACUUAAUAAUCAUAUGCAACCGCCUCAAUGUUCGUAUAAAAUACAUGGACAGAAAACAUCUGAACAAGUUCAAAAUGUCCAAGUUGGAGAACCGUUAGAACAUGAAUGGGUAUGUCAAAGAAAUGGGGUAGAAAGGGAACAACAAUUAAAUGAUCUUUAUGGGUUGCUUGUACAUGAUUGUUUUGUUGACGAUGGGAAGGAUAGAAGGGCGCUAGUUUUGGACGGGAGGGGGUAA